AUGCUGAGCAGGGGAGUAACUUUUGUUACGGGUCAAAAAAGAGCUUUUUCAGCCGGGUUUCAGCUUCUGAAUAGCUCAAGUUCACCACUUUUCGAUCCAACACAACUGAACCCUUUGAGCAACGAAAGGAAGAGUUCCCAGGCAUCGGCAAAACUGCGGAUCAACACAGGCGAGCAGCCGCAGCAACAGCAACAGCAACAAAGAUAUGCAGCGGUGUCGUUUGUUGCGUCUCCCAAGGAGGAUGCAUUGACGUCCAGGUUGACCGGCAUUCGUGCCGGCAGAACCGUGGAUGUGUUCAAUGGAGACACAGCUGGAGCAUUUAGACAGCUCAAUUCUGUGGUGUUUGCAAACCGCAUUGCCCAGGAUAAACGUAGUCAACGGUACCACAUCAAGCGUGGUAAAGUUAAGGAAAUGCGUUCUUCGCAACGUCACCGUCGUGAGUUUAUGAAGGGGUUCAAGAGGCUUAUCGAGGUGGUCAAGGAUGCAAAGCGGAAGGGUUAUUGA